AUGUUACAGUAUCAGGCUUUGCUAAGAGAGCAAGAUGAUGUUGAACUGAAAAUCACUAACCAUCUCAACCCAGCAGAAUUCCUUAGGUCCACAAAGGAAGAAGGUGUCCUGGAGCACGACUGUGUAGAGACCAUUGAACAGGUCUACGCGAGUAGAAAAGACCUGAAGGAUAAACCACUGACAGAUCCUGACUGGGAGUUGUACACCGACGGAUCUAGCUUUGUGGAGAAUGGCACCAGGUAUGCUGGGUAUGCAGUGGUCACUCUACAACAAGUGAUAGAAGCAAAAGCACUACCCCCAGGUACGUCUGCACAAAAGGCCGAAAUAUGGGCAUUGGUGAGAGCUUUAAUACUAAGUCAAGGAAGGAGAGUUAAUAUAUGGACUGACUCCAAAUAUGCCUUUGGAGUAGUUCAUGUUCAUGGAGCACUUUGGAAAGAGAGAGGACUUCUUACUUCUCAAGGGACAUCAAUUAAACAUCGAGAAGAAAUUUUACAAUUGCUGGAGGCAAUACACAAGCCCUCGGCAGUGGCAAUAAUGCAUGUCAGAGGACAUCAAACUGAUCCCGGACGAGAAUUUCAAGGUAAUCGACAGGCUGACCAAGCGGCUAAACAGGCCGCCAGAGAGGUAUGGACUCAGAUGGCUCUUUUACCCGUUCGGAAUAAUCCAGCAAUAGCAUAUAUGGAAGAAAAACCAUAUUAUUCACAAGAAGAUGAGAAAUUAGCUCAAAUAACAGAAGCGCUGCAGUGGAAUCGACCUCUGCCCCUGGAGAAUCCGGUUCAUGACAUUUCUCCAGGAGACCAAGUCUAUGUGAAAAACUGGUCGGUGGAACCAUUAAAGGAAACAUGGGACGGUCCUCGCCAGGUGAUAAUGACCACUUACACGGCGAUGAAGGUCGAGGGAAUCGACAAUUGGAUCCAUUACACCCGAAUCAAGAAGGUUCCAGUCUCGUGGUCGGUAGAACCUCUCUCACCUACAAGGAUGGUAUUUCGAGCCAACCAUUGA